ACAAAACCACCACGUUUGAAAACUCGCGGGGAAUGAAAAUAAAAAGUUAGCUUCUUGUGUUGGUUGAUAGUGGUGGUUUCGCGGCGGCUGAAAUCGCAGGAUUUUUUGGCAUUCUCUCGCCAAUAUCUGACACGGAACGCGGUUCGCAAAAGUUGGCUCCCGACCCAACAACAAUCGUCUUCGUCGUCGUCUGGUCCGAGAGUGUGCGGCGGUAAGUGGAAAAAGUUUUUGUGAUUAAAGAAUUAACAGCAGCAACAGUGAGUAGAAGUUCGACGGAAAUAUCGAAACGUCAGAUUGUGGGAAACCCGAAAAUUCCACCACAAACGGAUCGGAUUUGUUCCGUGAAAUUCUACAGUGCCCAGGUUCUCUCUGUUUCUCUGUUUUUGCUGGCGAGGAUCAAUUGCUGCGUGUGUUGUCAAGUGAACCUUUCUCUGAGCGGAUUGGUGUAGGUUCGUCCGUCUAGUCAAGUGGGUUGGCCAGUUUCGGUCCACAGAACUCGAUCGUCAUCAUCCGGGGUUCGGGAGUCCUAGAGUUGGUUCAUCGAGAACAUUCGGAUUCCGAUUCCCGAAACUUGCCUUGGUCUCGGGCGACGUCACUGGCUUAGCAGAACAAGUGUGGGGGUGCCGACACGUGAACACAUUCGGUCAUUUUAUUGGACGAAACGCAUCGGCAUAAGGAAGCGGCCAGCGGGAGGUCUCAAGAGAAUCUGCUUUUGGACCCAGACCUCCACUGGAAUAAACCUGCUGCGUGUCGCGAUCGACAGAGGAAAAAAACCGAAGAAGCGAAGCGUAGAGAAGAAGAAUAACAUCAACAGACAGAGGCAAAAAAACCAAUAAGAUUGUUGUCUCGCGUAUCAUUCAAGGAAGUAGUUGUCCGGACACUCGAAUUACGCGAGAAAGGAACAGCACCCGAAAAAGAAGUGUGUUUGUAAGCUGAGGUCCGUUUCAUCGCGCUUAAAUUGGGGACCGAGACUUGCGAGAGGUCUCCAAAAAACUGAACUGAAAGGAGAAAAACGACAGUGAUGUCUACUAGCGGGUAUCAUUAUUGUUAUUACUAUUAUUACUAGCGCACAAGCUGUUGUAGUUGUUUUUAUUGAUUGUGCGAAAAGUAAGCAAGCAAAACGAAGCACAGAAGGAAAAAAAAUUAGCGAAAACGCGAGCAAAAAUUGAUAGCAGAAUCAGUAGAGUGUAAAAGUGAUAAUAUUCAACGGGCCACGCCGAACAGCAGAAAAUCGAGACAACAGUCAGCUAAACCAGACCAACAGCCAGCAGCUCGUAAGAAAGACUUUUGCGAAGAGAAAAGACUAACCAGUUCUCCUGUGUUAAUAGCAAGCAGUAGUACACACGAUCCGGGUGUCACCCGUGUUAUAGGCGCGACCUCGCGUUCAAGAAAUCUGUUCAUCACCAUCCAGGCAUCAACUCAAGCCUGGGUCUCGGCGAUCAACAUCAAGGAAUGAUCCUCGCGCGUUUCUGAAGAAGAAAAGUGCAACAACACACUCUGAAUAGUAGGUUUCUCAGCUUAAGAGUUAAUACCCUAAAGGGGGUAUCCAACAUAACACAGAAUCAGAACCAGAAAACGACAACUCGACACGAGACGUGCGGGCAAAGAAGAAAUCAGAAGAAAUCUCGUGCUAAAUGAGUGUGUGUGCGUACGUUUGUAUGUGACUAGUAAGUAGUUGGUUCUGUUGAUCCCCCCGAAGUAAGUAUGCAAGAAUCGGAAUCGGCUCCUUCCACCAUGCCACCGCGAUAAUAAUGUGUUAAAAAGUUGUUUUGCCUGCCUGCUACUUCACUCGGCGUUUUUCGGUGGGCGGUGGUAGUGUUUGUCUUCUUGUCACUAUACUGAUAACACUGAUGAUGAUGACGAAGAGAAGAAUGACGGUACUAUACUAAUGAUGAUAUAAGAAGAUUGGUUUCGCUACACCAACGGGCUUCUAAAUUGAAUACAUGCGUCGUCGAACGUCGUACUCAGCAACAUUGCGGGAGAGCUAAGAAACGUCGACGUGAUCCUCUAAGGUAUUUUCCACAUAUCUAGUAAAGUUUGAUAAAAAUAAUAGCUUCUGGUAAAAGAUACUAAGACUAGAGCCUGCUGAAAGCUCACCGGAACAUCAGGCAGCAAGGAAGAACGUGACCAACGGAAUUCCGGUUGUUUUGAAUUGAAAUUUUCUGGUCCAAAGCUUUGAAGCAAAGAGAAACAAAAAGGGGGGUAGUGCAGUGUUUUUCACUCUCUGGAGCCACCAAAUGCCGGAGCCCAUUUGUUAUUCCAGUGUUUGAAUGUUCGUGGCUUCGUUUGCUUUUCGCAAAUACCCGACCGAGGUACGAAUGUUUCCGGGAAUGCUGGAAUUAGAGCCGGAGCAUUGAAAAAGGAAAAGAAAAAAGUGCUGUGAUCAAGUGUGGGUUGGUUGGGAAAAGUAAAGUGAGUGAUAUUUGCUAAUUCAUUUUCUUGGGUUAAGAUCGAGCGGCUGGGAAAUAAAUAAAGCUCAAGAAGGAUCCAUAUCAAGCGAAUUGUGUGAUUGUGGUCGACACAGAAAGGCGGAUGGUGUGGAGGGUGGAUUGAAUUGACCCCUCAAAGUGGCUGGCUGCUGCAAUUCAGGGGCAGUCCGGCAGAACUUGUGCUAAGCUGGAGACCUUAAAUUAGCUGGGAUUAAAUCGUGAAAAAUCAAAACCGCAGGCGAAGCAACAUCCACAACAACGACGUCGACAAAAACGGAAACCAAUAGGAGCAGGCAGUGGCAUUCGAGUAGCCAGGAUGGGCAGGAAAAAGAUUCAGAUCUCACGGAUAACGGACGAACGGAACCGACAGGUGACGUUCAACAAGCGGAAGUUCGGCGUGAUGAAGAAAGCGUACGAGCUGUCGGUGCUGUGUGACUGCGAAAUCGCCUUAAUCAUCUUCAGCAGUAGCAACAAACUGUAUCAGUAUGCGAGCACAGACAUGGACAAGGUGCUGCUAAAAUAUACGGAAUAUAACGAACCGCACGAGUCCCUCACCAAUAAAAACAUCAUCGAGUUGCAGGUAAACGCACAGAAGGAGAACAAGAACGGCACGAUGAGUCCGGACUCGCCGGAACCGGAAGAGAGCUACACCCUGACGCCGAGGACCGAGGCCAAGUACAACAAAAUCGACGAGGACUUUCAGAUCAUGAUGCAGCGGAAUCAGCAGCUUUCGUCCGGAGGCCGGGUCAAUAUGGCCGGUAAUAGCUACUCGCUGCCGGUUUCGGUGCCGGUCAUCGGAACCUACAAUGACAGCGGCAUGAUGCAGAACAGCCCCCAGAUGGCACACAAUAGUAUUAGCCCGCGACCUUCCAGCUCCGAGACGGAUUCCGUGUACCCUGCCGGUGGAAUGCUCGAAAUGUCCAACGGUUACCCCCACUCGACGUCACCCCUAGGAGGAUCGCCCAGUCCCGGACCUAGCCCAGGUAUAGGCAGUCACCAUCAACAACAACAGCAACAGCAACAACAUCAACAUCAGCAGCAACAACAGCAACAGCACCACCACAAUAACAAUGCUAGUAAUGCUAAUGCUAACGCUAACAACAACCACAAUCACCACCAUCAUCACCAUAACAAGAUGCAACACCCAUCGUUAAAACAGAGCUCACCGGGAAGUUCCAGCGCACGGUCAUCGAACCUGAGGGUAGUGAUACCGACGCCAAUGAAUCCGACCCUCAACACUGAUGACAUUUCCUACGUCGAGCACUCCCGGCAGCAGGGCAACCUCAACACCCCGGUCGUGGCGCUGCAGACGCCUAUCGGCCUGUCCAACUACACGACGACGCUCGGUUCCUUCGGCGCUCAGGACUUUUCGCUCAACUCGGAUCUGAGUAUGAUCGCGUCGUGGGGCGCCGCGGCGGCCAACAACGCCCAGGCGGCCCAGAGCGCGAUGAACUCCCUCGGACAGCACUCGAGAAUCCUUUUCAGCAGCGGUUUGCCCCAUUUGGCGGUCUCGAACAGCACACCUCCGCCCUCGACGUCGCCCCUCUCGGUCAAGAUCAAGGCGGAACCGAUUUCACCCCCCCGGGAACAUCACUCAUCAUCCUCGUCCCACCAUCAUCACCAUCAUCAUCACAGCAGUAGUUUAAGUGCGGGUGGUGGUGGCGGCGGCGGCGGAGGCGGAGGAGGUGGCGGUGGGGGAAAUGGUGGUGCGAACAAUGGCGCCGGUCAAAACGGAAACGGAAACCAGCUGGGAUCGCUCGGGUCGAUGGGGGGAGGAGGAGGGCACAGCAGUAAUUCGUCGGUGACGCUCGGGAGCAGCUUGAACCACUCGCAUCUGAUACAUUCGAGGCCUUCGUCGACGGGACACCUGACGCCGACACCGGGUUCCCCUCUCUUUCUAGGCUCGGUCACACCCACCAAUGCACCUUCGCCGGUGGACAUCCGGCACAUAAGCGUGAGCGGUGGCGGCGGCGGUGGCCAUCUACCCGACUACGAUUCUCCGGUAUCCGCCUCGACCGCCCCCAAACGGCCCCGAAUAUCCGAGGGAUGGGCCACAUAGCCCUCGAAGGGGUCGGGCAGCUCUUCCGUGGGCGGGAUGGUGGGCGUCAGCGUGAAUGGUCAGUCUUUCGGCUUGGACGACAACUCGAACCAGAUACAGUCGGCGGCGGCGGCCUUCGGUGAGAACGAUUUCGUGCGGAAGUUGCAACAACAGCAGCAGCAACAACGGGGGACAUCCUCACAACAUCUCCAUCCAUUCUAUCACAGUGCCAGUGUGAAUAGUAAUAGCAACAGUAAUCACAGCAGUAUCGGAGGAUAUCCCAGUCAGUGCACUUCCCCUUACAAUGGUAACGGACAUCACCAGUCGCCGUCGCCGGUGGCCGUCUCCGGAAUGAUUGGCGGGGGCCAUUUGCUGAAUCAACAGCAGCAGCAACAGCAACAUUACUAAGUCGAGAAGACGAAAGAGAAGCAUGUGUUUGACAAGAAGUGUGCUAUACAGUAAAUUUGAAGAAGGAAGGGAGAGCAGAAUUGUGAUUUAUCAGUCACCUGAAUCAUCUGAUGAGAUUUCUUACAACAAAACCCAACAAACAAACAGUAACGGAAGCGGUUUGAAUGUUUCGUCGAUCGUGUGCUUGUGGAUUUAAGCGAGGACCUUUGCGGUCCUCCGGAGGAUGACUAUAAGUAGAGUUAUAGAAGGAGCAACUGCUAGUUUCAGUUGUCAGUUUUUUUUCUGGAUGCGUGUGAUUGUGACAAUGACAUCAACUUAAAUUAUUUAGGUUUUGUACAUAACCCGGAGGUAUGCGGUAAGAGGUUUAGUAAGGAAGCAAAGUUUCUUUUCAGUUAUAGACUAGGAUUUAGUUGACCUAAAGAUUAAUAUAAACAAGAAAAAAGAAAUAUGGUUUUCUCUUUAAAUAAGUGCAAUAAUAUCUAGUUUUCGGAACGAUAUGGUUGAAAAAACCAACAAACUCAAACAAGAAAACAAAAUCCGAGUCAAUUUUUCGACACAGUUGAAUAACGGUCGUUUAAAAUUGUGUUACAGAACAGAAAUUAUCCAAAACUUGUAGUCAAAGCAAAGUGCAAGUGAAAAAAAAAAACAACAAAGGUGCGUAUCAUUAGCUACUAAAUGCGUAGACGGAAGAGUGCAAAUGCAAAGCUAGAAACUCGGGAAUAACCUCGAACUACAGCCAUAUAAAAGUGGGAGUUCGGUGUUUCCCGUUCAGGGAAACAAAAAGAAAAAAAACAAGUCAGCAGUCAUCUUAAAAAUAUUGAGUUUCUCGUCCAAAAGGAGCGAGCGCAAAAAAAAAAACGCAAAAUAGAUCUUUUUGUAUUUAUGUGAAUUGACCAGCAACUAAAAGCCAAUUGAUGUUUUCGGAUUCCGGAUCUCCUUUUUGCUACCUAUGUUAAUUGUGUCUCCGCGCCAGAAAAUUGGUCUGAUUGUGUCGGGAAAAAAAAGGCCGCGCUAAUUGUUGACGAUGUUCAGUGUUGAGAAUGAUGAUGUUGAAUCCUGAAACCAAGAAUUGAUGUUUGAUUGUUGUUGUUUUUCCCAAUAAUGGUGAUCGUUUGAAUGCAGUCUCAAAAAUAUGUUAUUUCGAAGAAAUCAAGCCAGUAUGGUUGAAGUACGAAAUUUGGUGGAAUUCGGAUCUGUUACGGAUUUUUACUACAAUAGUUGACGUCUGAAGGGGAUGAAAAUUUGCUAGUAUAAUCACCAAAUUUAUGAUGAAUUUCGAUCAACAGCCAAUUCGAUUUCCUAUUUACUAAUAUGAGUUUUGAUUCCUAAUUUUUAAUUUCAGAAUUCUGAAUAUUAAUAGUUGAUAUUAAGCUCUAAAUUUUAAAUUCUGAAUUCCUAUUCUAAAAGCUUAGUUUUGAAUUCUUAGUUCAGAAUUUUGAAAUCUGACCUCCAAGUUCUGAAUUCUGAAUUUCGAGUUCUGAAAUCUGAAUUCUGAGUUUAAAGUACUAUUCCUCUACUUCAUGCUCUGAAUUAUAAAUUCAGACUUCUGACAUUCUUUGAACAGAAAACUCAGAACUGAGUACUCAGAACAGCUCUGAAUCUUAAGUUCUGAACUAGACAUUUUAAUUUUUCUUAGUUUUCAAUUUUGGGUUCUGAUUUGUUGGUUAGAAAUUUUAAAAUCAAAGACUUAAGUUCUGGUUUCCAUAUUCUUAGUUCUGAUUCCUAUUCUGAGAUCCAAAUUCUGGAUCUGUUUUCUUGAUUAUGAGAUUUUCAUUCAAAUUUUAAACUCCGAGUUCUGAAUUUUCUGUUCAAAACUUUGAGUUUGAGUUCUGAGUUGUGAGUUCUGAGUUGUAAGUUUUGGAUUUAGCGUUAUGAAUUUUGAAUUUUGUACUCUUUGUUCUAAACGUUUCUGAACACAAUCGCCAAAAUUAUGGGUCCUAUUACAUAAGACGAGUCACGAGUCAUUUUACUCGAGUGAGCCAUUUUUGUAUUACAGUAGUCGAGUCGAGUCGAAUUUCAGUCGAGUAGCUCGACUGAGUCGACUGCUUGAAGGUUCGUGACUCAACUGUUUCACUCGACUACCGUAAUACGACACUUCGCUAGGCUCGACAGUGACUGGAGUCGAGUCGAGCUACUCGACUCGUCUUAUGUAAUAGGGCCCUAUGAUGAAUUUCGAUCGACAGUCAAUUCCAUAUUCUUAAUUCCUAAUGAGUUUUGAAUUCAAAUUUAAAAUUUCCGAAUUCUGAAUACUAAUACUAAUAGUUGGUAUUAAGCUCUAAAUUUGAAAUUCUGGAUACUCAAUCUUAAAGCUCAGUUUUGAGUUCUAAGUUCAGAAUUGUAAAAUCUGACCUCUAAGUUCUGAAUUCUGAAUUUAGAGUUCUGAAAUCUAAAUUCUGAGUUCAAAGCCAAGAGUAGUGAAUUCCAAACUCUGAAUUCUGACUACUGACAUUCUUUGAGUGGAAAAACUAAGAAUUCAAAACAGCACUGAAUUUUAAGUUCAUAGCUAAACAUUUUAAUUUCUGAGGUCGGAAUUAUAAGUUCUGAUCUGUUAGUUUAUUUUUUUUAAAUCAAAGACUGGUUUCCAUAUACUGAGUUCUGAUUCCUAUUCUGAGUUCCAAAUUUUGGAUCUGUUUUUCUUAAUUUCGAAAUUUGCAUUCAAAAUUCUUAAAUACUAAAUUUUGAGUUUGAUACUUUGAGAUUACAACUCUGAGUUGUGAAUUUUGAGUUUCAAAUACUAGAUUCUAAAUUCUGAUUUUAAUUUUUAGUUCUGAAGCUUAAUCUGAGCUUAAUGAAGUUAAGCGUUAUGAAUUUUAAAUUGUCAAUCCUUAGUUCUAAACUAUUCUGGAUACAGAAGUCAAUUUGAAAUUUUCUUUUCUGAGUUUAGAAUUUAAAGAUAAUAAUUAUGAGUUUGAAAUCUUCAAAUUUGAGAUCUUAGCAGAGUUCAUAAUUCUGAGUUUGAGAUCUUCAAAUAUGUUCUAGGUUCUGAGUUCCAAAUUUUGAGUUCGUAUUUCAGAAUUCUGAUUUUUAUUCUGGAAUCUGGAUUCUGAGUUAUGAAUCUGAUUUCAAUUUACAAUUUCGCAUUCAGAGUUCUAAACUUCUGAAUUUUUAGUUCAAAAUUUCGAAAUUUGAAUUUAGAGUUUCGAGCUCUGAGCUAUUAUUUUCUGAGUUCUGGAUACUGGAUUCCGAAUUUUGAUUCGUAAAUUCAAGUUCUGAGAAUUUCGAGUUGAGAAUUUUGUGUUAUGAAUUUUGAGUUUUGAACUUAAAUACUUAAUUUGUAGAUCAAUGAGCUCUUCGGUUUCGAAAUUCGGAAUUCUGAAUCCCAAGUUCAGAGUUAGAUAUUCUAAUUUCUGAGUUUUGAAUUUUGAGUUCCGAUUUGUUAGUUCCAAAUUUUCAAAUCAAAGACUUCAGUUCUGGUUUCGAUAUUAUGAACUCUGAUUCUUAUUCUGAAUUCCAAAUUCUGGAUCUGUUUUCUUGAUUUUGAUAUUAGCUUUCGAAAUUUUAUACUUUGAGUACUAAAUUUUGAGUUCAAAACAUUGAGAUCUGAAUUCUGAGUUGUGAAUUUUGAAUUUUGAAUGCUGGAUUCUGAAUUCUGAUUUUUAUUUUAAGUUCUAACUUUUGGCAUUAAAGCUUGAAUUUAGCGUUAUGAAUUUUGAAUUUUGAACACUUAGUUCUAAACUUUUCUGAAAACAAAAGUCUGAACUAGGAAUUCUGAAAAGCAGUUCUGAGUUAGAAAUUUUCCUUUGUGAGUUUCGUAUUUAUAGUUAAAAUUUCGAGUUUUAAAUCAAAUUUUAGAUUAUAGGUCUAGGUUCCAAAUUUUUAGUUAUUAUUUCUGAAGUCUUAGUUUUAAAUUCUGGAAUCUUCAAUCUUCAUUAUGAAUCUUAUUUGUUGAUUUCUAAUUUUGCAUUCAGAAUUCUAAACUUUCAAAUUGAAUUGAGAGUUUUGAGCUCUGAGCUAUUAAUUCUGAGUCCUGAAUUUCGAUUUGUAAAUUCAAGUUCUGAGUUUUAAAUUUCGAGUUCCAAUUUUUGUGUUAUAAAUUUUGAGUUUAAAACCUAAAUUCUCAAUUUUUAGAUUCAUGAGCUCUUCGGCUUUAAAAUUCUGGGUUCUGAAUUUGAAAUUCUGAGUACUGAGCUCUUUGUUUCGAGUUCUCAAUUAUUUGUUCCUGAGAUCCAUGUUCUAUGUUCUAAAUUCUGAAUUGUUAAUAUGCGUUCUAAGUUCUAAAUGUUGUGUACUGAAUUAUGAGUUUCCGAAUUUGGAGUUCUGACAUUUCUGAUUUCUUAAUUUUCAUAUUUGAACUCUGAUUUAUGAGGUACUAAUUUGAGUUCAGAGCUCCGAGCAUGCAUUAAAAGUUCCAAAUCACGAGUUUUGAAUUCUGAGUUCAAAAACCAAGUGCUGAGUUCUAAAUAAGAAUUCUGAAUUCAGUGUUUUUGAGUUCCAAAUUCUUAGUUCUUAUUUUUCAACUAUGAAUUCUAAAUGAUGGAUUUUAGUUCUGAAUUAUGAGUUUUUUUUAGUCUGAAUUUUGAAUCCAUUUUGCAUUCAGAUUUCCAAAUUUUCCGUUCAAACUUUUAUUUGAAUUCAGAUUUUUGAGCUGUAAGCUACUUUUUUUUUUUUUAAUAGAUCUUGAAUUUGGUUUGUAAAUUCAAGUUCUGAGUUUUCAAUCUCGAGUUCCGAAUUCUGUGUUAUGAAUUUCGAGUUUUGAACUUGAAUUCCCAAUUUUUAGAUUAAUGAGCUCUUUGGCUUCAAAAUCCUGAGUUCUGAAUUUGAAAAUCUGAGUACUGAGCACUUUGUUUUGAGUUCUUAAUUAUUUAUUCUAAAUUCUGAGUUAUGAGUUCUAAAUUCUAAAUGUUGAGUACUGUUUUCUGAGUUUCCGAAUUUGGAUGUCUGACAUUUCUGAUUUCUUAAUUUGCAUAUCUGAACUCUGAUUUGUGAGGUAUUAAUUUCAGUUCAGAGCUCCGAGCAUGCAUUAAGAGUUCCAAAUCACGAGUUUUGAAUUCUGAGUUCUAAAAUUCAAGUUCUGAGUUCUAAGCAAGAGUUCUGAAUUUAGUGUUUUUGAGUUCUAAAUUCUGAGUUCUCUAUUCUGAGUUCUGGGUUCUUAAUUCUGAAUUUCUUAACUAUGAGUUAUAAAUUUGAGUGCUGGAUUUUAGUUCUGAAUUCAAAGAUUUAUAAACCUAUAUUUUUAGUUUUGAAUUUAUAAUCCUGAGAUUCUUAGUCACAUUUCUGGGUGCUGAGUUCCUAAUUGAGCGUCAUGAGUUUGGAACUCUGAGUUUUUAAUGAUCGGACUUUUGAGUUUUGAGCUUUUGUUACCUAGUUCUGAGUUCUGAUUUUUGGGUUCUGAAUUUUCUCAAUUUGAAGUUUUAAUUAUGAGUUUUUUUUUCAUUCAGAAUGUCUUGUUCUUUGUUAUUUAACUGAGUUCUUUCUCUGAGCUCUGGAUUACAAGCUUUGAAACAUGAAUUCUUAAGACUGAAUUAAGAGUUCUUAUUUUUAACUUUUGAUUCUAGAUUCCUGAUUCCAAUUUUUGAAUCCAAAUUCGGAACAUGAUUUAUUUAUCUGAAUUCUGAAAUCUUAAUCUUAAUGCCGAUAAAAGGCAUGAUGUUUCGAUUUUAAUUUUUCAGUAUUUUCCGAGGUUCAGUGAUUUCAACUAAAUGGCCUGUAUUCUCGUUUCUUCAUUCUUAAUUAUUUGGGAAAAAUUGGAUGCUGAUCGCCAUCAAAAUCUAGAUUUUUGUUUAGCAAAACUUCAGUCUGAUUUUUCAAUUUUUCUGGAUUAUUAAAGAUCGGACUUUGAGUUGUGAACUUUCAUUACCUAGUUCUGAGUUCUGACUUUUGCGUACUGAAAUUUCUGAAUUUGAAGUUUUAAUUUUGAGUUUUCCACUUAGAAUGUCUGGUUUAGAAUUUAUGAGUUCCUUAUCUGAGUUCUGGAAUACAAGCUUGGGAACAUGAAUUCUUAAGACUGAAUUUAGAGUUCUUAGUUUUAAUUUUUGAUUCCAAUUUUUGAAUCCAAAUUCUGAACAUGAUUUAUUUAUCUGAAUUCUGAAAUCUUAAUCUUAAUGUCGAAAAAAGGCCCUAGGUUUCGGUUUUUAUUUUCAAUAUUUUUUCGAGGUUCAUUUAUAAUUUCAAUUUUAUGGCCUGUUUUCUCGUAUCUUCAUUCUUCAUUAUUUUGGAAAAAAUGGAUGUUAAUCGUCAUCAGAAUCUAGAUUUUGGUUAAGCAAAAUUUCAGUCAGAUUUUUCAAUCACAAACUUCAGUAUUACUGAAUGGCAUAAAACGAUUUCCGAUUGUUUUCACAAAUAAAAAGUUGAGCAAAUGAUACUCAUUAGUAUGGUUAGACAAAGAUUGUCAGUCAGUCGGUGAUAUGUCUCUCUCAGAGAUUUCCUGGAUUUAGUCGCCCUCCCUCAGGCGAUCCAACAUAUCAGUUGCCAUUGCGAGGUCCCAGAAUGGGAGAUAAAACGGAUAGCUAUUUAAACAGAUCUUCAAUCCAAACAGUAAUCAGAACACUUGCAAACAGUCAGCAACAAGAAAAAGAUGGCGAAAGAUGAAACACUGAAAAAUAAACUAAAAUAAAACUAAGUGAAACAUAGUUUGUGUGCCAUUAAUAGGAUUACUUACAGAACGAUACAUAUAACAGAGGAAAGAAAAAACCGUAUCUAUAUAUUUAGCGAUGAGACAAAAACCGAGUUGGAGAGAGAGUUUAAAAAACAAAUGUAUAUUUUUCCACCCUUAAAAAAUCAAACCGACCUAAUGCUAGUUUUUCUCACUGUUGAGUUGAACGAUUUUUUCCGUUCAAUUUUGUCAACCAAUGUUGGAGAUGAAAAAGGAAUUUCCUUUCGAGAAAAGAAAGUGGAGGAAUCAAUUAGACAAAUUUUAUUCUAUUCUACUACUGCGACCCUAUUAAAAAUUAGAUUGUUUUCUAUUUCCUUUGUAGCUGAAAAAAAAGUUAGAUCUAAAAGUCCUGUAUGUAUUAUUCACAUCUGAAGGAAAUGAAAAAAAAAAAUCAUAUUCGUUUUUGAUUUUCGCUGUUCCUCGUUUAUCUAUUUUUGUAAAAUUUGAGUAGAGCGUAUAGUGGGAUGAAAAAAAAAACGUUAGAAAAAUCCAUUCAGUCAAAGAAUCCCAUCAAUCCGGAAAAUACCGGAAGCGUAGCGUUAGAGGGAGCUUAAAGUAAAUGAAUUGAUUGCAUGUCCUUAGGAGACGUAUAAAAAAAUCAUGAUAUUUAUUUAACGGAACAAAGAUCUUAACCUUAUGUUUGUUUGCGGUUUUUUCUGUUUUUUGGAUUUUGUGCUUGAAGUUAAUAGGUGAGAGAAGUUGUGAAGUAAUUUAGCUAAAAAAAAUGUACAUUACAUAAACUGGUCAGCUUAAACGAUAGACAAAACAACAGCUACUACAGUGAUAAGUUGAAAAAAAAAAACUGUCACCCAUACACAGGCAAGUUUUAGCUGCAGAUUCCAAAUGUUGAAAUUAUGAAGAAAUAAUAACACACAAAAACAUACAAAGUGACGAGUAAACUCAGACACUUGAAAAACAAAAAUUCUUGAUCAUUGAUUGGAACGAAUCAAUUAUAUAUUAGAAAAAAAAAACAAAACAAACGUAAGCUGACUUCCUGUUUAGUCGAUUAGUUGUCCUUUUAGUUUAAAUUUCCUUCUUUUCCAGUCAAUAGUUUUACGAACAUUACACUUUAAAAUGAAUAAAAGAUGACUUUUACAAUGA